AUGUCAACCACCACCGAGGGCCAGUUUGAGCUGCAGGGCGGCGUGAAAGCGUACUCAAAGACAUGGACGCCAUCCGGGCCCAUCAGAGCCCACCUGGUGUUUGUCCACGGCUUCAGCGAGCACAUCAACAGGUACAAUGAGUUCUUCGCCACCGUGGCCGAGCAGGGCAUCCAGGUGCUCGCCUGGGACCAGCGCGGCUGGGGCCACACAUCGCCCAAGAAGGCCGACUGGGGCAACUCGGGUCCCACGACGCAGGUCAUCGCCGACGUCGCGGCGUUCGUCAAGGGCAGCCUCGCCGCGCGGGAGGGCAAGGCGCCCCUCUUCGUCAUGGGCCACUCGAUGGGCGGCGGCGAGGUGUGCACGCUGAUGGGCGACCCUCAGUACGCGGAGCUGGUCGGCCAGGUGCGCGGGUGGCUGCUCGAGUGCCCCUUCAUCGGCUUCGUGCCCAGCCAGGAGCCGAGCUUCCUCAAGGUCUUCUUCGGCAGGCUCGCGGGGAGGGUGUUCCCGCACCAGAAGCUCAAGUUCUCGCCGCCGCCCGAGUACCUGAGCCGGGUGCCGGAGGUGGUCGAGUCCAUCAAGAAUGAUCCCAUGUGCCACGACACGGGGACGCUCGAGGCCCUGGCCGGGAUACUGGACCGGACGGCCGUUCUGGCGUCUGGGGAGGCGAAGGUCGGUAAGGAGGUGCGCAGCCUGUGGCUCGCUCACGGGACCGAGGACAAGGUGUGCAGCUACGACGCUGCCAAGAAGUGGUUCGAGGCCCAGAAGGGGCUUGAGGAUAAGACGUUUGUGAAGUACGAGGGGGGCUAUCACCAGCUGCAUGCGGAUUUGUGCAAGGAGCAGUACGGCAAGGACAUGAUUGCUUGGAUUCUGGAGAAGAGCGAGGGCAAGCCCGUUGAGGCAAAGCUGUAG